AUGGCCCGGCUCAGACUUCUUCAAAUCACUAUUUUUCUUACCAUCCUUUCAGCUUCUGCUCAAGCUGAAAAAGAACCGAUGAAGAAUCCAAGAAAGCUGGAUGAGAGCCCCCCUGAUUUGGAAAACAAGUGUGGGAAUUGCCCCUGCAACAGCCCUUGUAACCCACUGCCAUCCCCACCGCCACCAUCACCUCCACCUCCACCGCCACCAAAAAAUCCACAGCCAACCAAUUACUGUCCGCCACCACCUAGCGGCCAGAAUCCGCCAAGCCGACCCAGCCCGCCUUACGUAUACGUAAAUGGCCCACCUGGAAAUCUAUAUCCAGUUUAUCCUUAUUAUUCCGGUCAGGCCCGGAGUUUUUCUAUGGGAAUAACCCCUUUCUUGAUCAGCGGCAUUCUGUGGCUGCUAGCUUUCUAG